ACCCUUCUCCACCUCUCUGCAUCUUUGCACUUCUCCCGACUCGACGUCGUCGUUACAAGGAAGAAGCGGGUGAGAAAAUCUUCUUUUCCACCGUCUUGCUCAUUUCUGCAGACUUGUUCCGAGGCCGAGGAGCCUUUGUUGGAAGAGAUGGUCGUGGUCCUGAGCCCCCUGUUUUUGGUCUUCAUGCUGGGUCUGGGUCUGACCCCACUAGCCCUGGAUCAAGAUGACUACAGAUACAGACACUUCCUGACCCAGCACUACGAUGCCAAACCAAAGGGCCGGGAUGACAAAUACUGUAAUAACAUCAUGCAAAAUCGAGGCCUGACCAGACCUUGCAAAGACACCAACACCUUUAUUCAUGGCAACAAGAAUGACAUCAAGGCCAUCUGUGAAGACAGGAAUGGAGAGCCUUAUGGAGGCAAUCUCAGAAUAAGCAGGUCUGCAUUCCAAGUCACCACCUGCAAGCACAGUGGAGGUUCCUCCCGGCCUCCAUGCAAGUACAGAGCCACAAAAUCCUCCAGAGUCAUUGUUAUCGGCUGUGAAAAUGGCUGGCCUGUCCACUUUGAUGAGUCCUUUAUCCCUUCAAGAUAGUAGCCCAGAGCUGGCUCUGCUCAUCUUUCUUUGCAUUUUCCCCUUAGACUGCGGCAACAUUCAUUGAUAAGAAUCCAGAAAAUGAGCUGCUGAUCUUUUCUGCUUCACAAUAUGCUUCAUAAAUAAAAAGUCUCUCAAAUCAGUAAGAA